AUGGUCUACGCCAAAAUAAUCAACUCGUCGCGUGCCUUCUCUGCCUCUCGUGCACUUUCACAGAAGCCGUACUAUGUCACCAGCCCUAUUUUCUACCCGAACGCUGCUCCUCAUAUAGGACAUCUUUAUACACUUGUGACUGCGGAUAUAUUUGCACGACAAGCCAGACUACGCCGACCUGAGACUCCUGCAUAUUUUCUCGCUGGCACUGACGAACAUGGCUUCAAGAUCCAGAAAGCUGCACUCGCUCGAGACUUAGACCCCGCCGCAUUCUGUGACGAGCUGAGCGCUCAUUUUCGUAAACUAGCAGAGCGGACCAAUACCUCACAUACUCGAUUUGUGCGUACUACGGAGCAAGACCACCAGACUGCCGUCGAACAUGUCUGGAGAGAACUCGACGCGAAAGGUCUGAUCUACAAAGGAAGUCAUCAAGGCUGGUACUCCAUCUCCGACGAGUGCUUUUAUCCUGAAUCUCAAGUCACGCGAAAAAAGGCACCGUAUACCAUGGGCAAGCAACAGUCAUUUGUCUCAAUAGAGACCGGCUCCGCUGUCGAAUGGAUGGAAGAGGAGAAUUAUAUGUUCCGCCUGUCCGCGUUUCAAGAUUCGCUUUUGGAACGGUACAAGAGCGACCCAUUGUCCAUAUACCCUCCUACCCAGCAUGCCGACGUGAUUGAUAUGCUUUCUCAACCUCUUGAAGAUCUAUCCAUCUCACGGCCCCGAGCACGACUGCACUGGGGUAUACCUGUGCCAACGGACCCAACGCAUACGAUCUACGUCUGGUUUGAUGCACUCACCGUCUAUCUGACUGGUGCUGGCUUUCCUGGGAUCAAGUCCCAAGCAAAUCCCUCCCAAUUCGGUUGGCCACCCGAUCUGCAAGUGAUUGGGAAGGAUAUUCUCCGGUUUCACGCAAUAUAUUUCCCUGCCAUGCUCCAGGCCCUAGGGCUGCCCUUGCCGAAGCAGAUUCUUUCUCACGCACAUUGGACAGUAAACAGGCAGAAGAUGUCGAAGUCCAUCGGCAAUGUUGCCGAUCCGUUCAAAGCCAUGGAUGAACUGGGUGUAGAUCUGGUCAGGUACUAUCUUGCCCGUGUAGGUGGUCGCUUCAAGGAUGACGUCGGUACGCUGCGAGAUGAACUUUUGAUCUUCUUGCUUCCGCCCUGUGGGUGUACGCUGACGGCUUCUGCGAAAGUACCCGCUUUGCACGAGGCUGUGACCUCCUUGCAAAGUCUCUCACAACGAGUCGAUGAAAACCUGCAGCUUCUUCAAGUCUCCGACGCUCUAGACGCUAUCGUUCAACAACUCUUGAUGGUCAACCAGAUGCUGACCGUUACCCAACCCUGGUCAAAAGAGACUACCUCGGAGCUUACUGAACAGGUUUACGCCGUCUCUAUCGAGACGCUACGGAUAUGCGGUUUAUUACUCCAGCCAUUUAUCCCUUCCAAGAGUGAAGAACUCCUCGAUGCUCUGGCUGUGCCGAAGAACAUGCGGACUUGGAACCAGGCUCAGCUUGGAGGUGGAUCAGUGGGUGAUGUGCAGAGGGGCGUCCGUUUGUUUACCCUUCCAUCCAAAUCCUCACCUGCAAGCGGAUCAUAA